AUGCAAUGUUUCAAACAACAUUUGAAGGGAUUAAACGUUGAAAAUGGCGAAUUUCUCUUACAAGAAAUACUUCAUUGUAAUUCUUCUAUCAGUGUUUUAUCAUAUCUUGCAGUUUCAGCCUCAAAAAGCUGUGUUGUUCAGCAUUUUUCAGCUGUGUUGUACAGUUACAUUUCUGUUAGCAACCAGAAAACGAACAUUUGUUUCGAUGAAGCCAUGGAUGGAGUUUUGAAACUGUUGGCUGUUUAUGCUGCCCAAUGCAUCCACAAGUGUCUGCAAGCAACCGGCGUGAACUUGAGAGGCAUCAACCACAGGACAUCAGUGAGAUCUUGUUUGUGUGUUCCGAAAAUGAACCUUCUGUAUAACGUAACUACUGAUCUGACUGGAGGAUGCCUGGCGUAUAUGACUCACGACUGUCCAUCCGAAUUCGACUACAUAGUAAAAAAUAACAAGUGUUACAACUAUCAGCCAUCAGGAAACACUUGGAACAAUUCCAGAGAUAUUUGCAAUGCUCUGCUCAACUCCCAUCCCCUUAUCAUUGAUGAUUCUAAUGAACUUUAUGUUCUCAGCUCUUAUCUCAAGGUCAUCAAAGAUUUUUUGAUGGUUUGGACAGCUGGCUUUCGAUCGUACAUCAAUAGAACUUCUUUUUUCAUCUGGCAACCCUAUCCAGGAAAAGAGAGUCCAAUCAGUUACUACUCCUGGUGGAAUGGUGGUGCAAACUUAGUGAACCUUAAUAUGAACUGCAUUGUAUUCGUAACCGAAAUAAACCGCAUGGAGAAUAAUUAUUGCGGCAGUUCGUUUUCCGUUCUAUGUGAGAUCGAUGUUGAGUAG